AUACAAUCGGUUCUUCAUCGAUACAAAUUUUUAUUUCUAUCCAGUAACAAAUGAUAAUCGCAUUGUUCGACGAAGCCUUGUCGACAAUGAAGAAGUUGUCUUGCCGGUUGAAAAAGUUACAAGUAAAUAGAAACUUUGAAAUCCUGAAAGUUGCAGUAAUAAGUGCAUUUUUUAAAAUAAAAUUGAUUUUACGAACCAUAAAAAUAUUUCUGUCAAACAAAGAAACAUCACAAGGAAAAAAUGAAAGUAGAUUUCAUAAUAAAAAAGCCAAAAGAAAAACCGUAAAGUCAUUGAAUUACGACGACGAGGAACUCCUAAUUUUAUCCGUUCAAGAAAAAAGACCCUUGUGGGAUUUUACUAUUCCAUUAGAACAGCGAUGCCAACGAUUGACAAAAAAAUUGUGGGAUGAAGUCUCGGAAACAUUGGGAAGUAAAAAAACGUUAAAAACAUUCGUGGUUAAAAUAUUUAAAAAAAAUUUAUUUACAGGCAAACUUAGCGGGGAAGAAGCAAAAAAAAAGUUUAAAAAUUUACAUGAUGCCUAUCGACGAAUAAUUCAGUCCGAAAAUCUUUCUAGUGGAUCAGCUAGACCUCCUCCUACAAAAAAGUGGCACCAUUAUGACUCUAUGGAAUUCCUGCGUGACUUCUGUCUUGUCAAAAAGGGAAAAGUUUCUAAUAUUGAUGUUAAUGAUGAUGACUCUUUAAAUAAUAUUGACCAAUCAAUAAAUGAUGAUGAUGCAACUGGCAAUGAUCAAUUAGAAUCAGGAGCAUCAGAUACGCAAAUUAAAAGAAAAAAGAAUUUAGGACAGCAGUCCAGUGCAUUAGAUAGAAUUGCUGAUUCACUUUGUCAACCAUCAACUCCAUUUGCACUACCGCCAGCACCCAAGUAUGAUGAAAUUGAUUCGUCUUUAGCAGUAAUCGGAUGGAGGUUGAGACAGAUGAAUCCAAAAAAGCAGUUACAUGUUAUUCAGCAAAUAAUGAACCUAACAUAUGAUAUACUUAGAGAAGAUUAA